UGGACUUUAAACCAAGAUGGCUGCUCGUGUUGUUAAAGAAGUGAAAAGUAUAAACGGCAUUGCUUCGCUUAUUUCAAAAAUCCAUGCAGAGAAUUUUGAAAUAUCGAAAUGUAGGAAAGCUGUGAUACUAAUUCCCGGAAAUCCAGGCAUAAUUCGUUUCUAUGACUCAUUUCUGGAAAGUUUGUUUAGUGAAUGUAAGGGGAAAUUUCCAAUGUUUGGCAUUCAAAAUGCAGGUUUGGACUGUAAUUUUUAAUAGUUUCUUUUUAUUAAUAUUAUAUGUAGUAGUCUUGUAUUUGGGCAGAAAUAAAAAGUCCCAGAACAUUUCUGAUGUUGACCACCAUGGCACCAUAUGUUGUUCUGUGGUGUUUUCUGAAACCAAUGCUAAUGGUUACUUCAAUAUUUGCCACAUAGGUCAUGGUCCAUUGGAAAAUGUCACCAUUCACAACUCUCCAUUUACUCUCACAGACCAAAUUAACCACAAAAUUGCCUUCCUUGAGAACUACUUCCCUCCAUCUUGUACGUUUGUACUUAUUGGUCAUUCAAUUGGCGCCUACAUGAUCCUGAAACUGCUCGAAUACUUUGGCAAAGAUCAAAAACGUAUCACCCAAGGUCUUUUGCUGUUUCCGACGAUCGAACGGAUGGCAAUCUCGCCGAGUGGCAGGUUAGCUACACCUGUAUCAAACUAUUUUUCAUGGCCACUUGUAGCAGCUGCAUGGUCGUUGUCAUGGUUACCAUUGAGCUUAAAGAAAUGGUUGAUAAAUAUUUGGUUCAUUCGAAGAAAUGUCCACGAAGGUUGUAAGGACGCCAUUGUGCAACUGAUUAAUGCAGACACGAUAAGGAAUAUGUUGUUUAUGGCUGCUGAAGAGAUGGAGAAGGUUGAUAAAACUCCUAUUGAGGUUUGUGUGGGUUUUUAAUCCAUUAUAAAACUGCUCUGAAUGCACCUCACUUUAUUAUUAUACUCUGUCUAAGGGGGAAAGUCUUGCACAUUAAUGGGUUAAAUCAACCAAACUAUCUCACAUUAGCUAUUCUUCCUAGAGAUCCAGUAAGCAUCAUCCUUUAUUGAUCCAGUGUUACUAUAGGAAGAAACUUAAACUAAACUAACUUUAUUUAUACUGGAUAGCUCUAUCAGUUCUAAACUGUUCUCUCUAGAGGUCCAAUAACGAUCAUCUCUUAUUGAUCUAGUGUUAUACUAUAGGAGGAAACCCAAACUGAACUAACUUUAUUUAUACUGGAUAGCUCUAUCUAUACUGGAUAGUUCUAAACUGUUCUUCCUUAAGAGGUCCAGUAAGGAUCGUCUCUUAGUAACCCAUUGUUACUCGAAGAGGAAACUGAAGUAUCUGGGUAAAACCUGCAGUGUUUGAAAGCUGUGUUUGUUAAUCGAAGGUUUUAUAUUAUUUCAGCUCAUAUCCGAUCAUGUAGAUAAAUUAAUCUUCUAUUAUGGUGCAUCUGAUCCAUGGACUCCAAGAUCAUAUUACAAUGAGAUGGUCAGUAGGUUUCCUAUGGCACAAAUAUAUCUUUCUGAACAGAAUAUGAGACAUGCAUUUGUACUGGAGUCCCAUCAUGAAAUGGCCGAAAUUGCUGCCAAAUGGAUUAAGUAAAUUUAAAUUAUCAGAAUUAUUAUAGUCUAUAGAGUAAUCAAUUAUAAUAAAUAAUAAUAUUAAUUUAUAAAGGCAAAACACUAUAUAUCUGAGAUUACUGUUUAAUGUAAUUUUACUUAUUUAUCGCGUUUCUUACUCACUGGUCAGCGGAAUUGCCCAAUUGAUAGGGGUCGGAGGUACCUACGAUUUUGAACGUCCUUAUCCGAGAGGACGCGAAAUGCUAACCAUUUACUGAUGUCAAUGUAAAGGUAGCUCUUUUUCCUCAAUUAUUUUCACACCUCGGGUAGAGGUUCGAGCAAGGAUUGAACCCGGCUCUCCCAACCACAAAUCUAAAGUGACACUAAACCAAG